UUACUGACCAACCAAAGUUCACUCUGCUCACUUUCUACCGCUGUUCCUUCCCUCGUCAGGAUGCCGACCGCACCGGCUCUCGUUCCUCUGUUUCUCUGUGUUCUCGGAUCUGUUGGGGGCGUCUACAAGCAGUGGAUCCCUGACACCAACUUCGAGAACGCGACGAACUGGGAUAAAGGUUCUGUUCCAUGUGGGAGCGACCAGGCGGUGUUCCCGGCUCAGGGUAAAGUGGCGGUCUACGUGGGAUUGGUUCAUACGCUGGCUGGGUUGAGUCUACCGGUGGACGGGGAGUUUGUUCUCGCGCCAGGAGCCGGGUUUUCCAUAAGAGUGGGUCAAGACCCUAGUUGUGGAGCUGGUGGUACCACCCAGUUUAAAGACGUUGAGUCGUUAAAGUGGUUCGAUCCAGAUCUUUGGAGCGCCGCUUCAUCGGUAGAUGACUUCCAGAAAGGUUCGUACCUUUUCUUUGUGCAUGAGGAGAGCGUGCCGUGUCAAUACGAUGAUGUCUUGUUUCGAGAUGCUUCUUCAUUCCGUGUUGAUGUAUCAGGGAACACCAAUACCGUUCCCGUCAAGAGUGUUAAAGUUCUUGGACAACGGUUUGAUAGCAACUCGGAAUUCUCCCAGUAUUUGACAUCCAGUCUUGGAAAACUCCAAUUCCAUGGAUCUUCCUCCAUCAAAGUUGAAGGAUCAAGCUGCACAGAUGUUACCGGCUGCGAAUGCGGAAACUCCGCCAACCACGAACGGAUCUGCGCCAACGUAGCAUGUUCACAGCAGUUGGACUGCAAGAAACCCCUUCGCCCAGUUGGGCACUGUUGCGACGUUUGCGGCACCAUCAUGGACAUUCAAUUCUCCGGCAGCUUCAACCUGGACUCGUACCGCCAACGCCUGCAGCACCUCUUCCUCGCUCUACCGAAGUACAAAUCCGUUCAACUGGCGGCGUCAAAGGUGUCGAAAACACAGAAGAUGCUGGGAAUAAUCCCAUAUCAAUCAACCCACGAGAUCCAGGUGGUCCUGUUGGACCAGAACACGGGUUCUGAGGCUGGCAUGUUAUCCGAAGCUCUCGCUCGAGACAUUCUGAAGGACGUCCACGACCAAGGCGCCCACCUGGGCAUCGAGAGCGCAGACUUCCGCGCCUCUUCAGGCGCCACUGGCAGCGAUGUUUCUGGCCUGGGCGAUGGAGACGUGGCUGGGAUUGUUCUGGGUGUUCUAGCCUUGGUGGUGUUCUCAGUCCUGCUGGUGGUGGCCUACAGGAAAGGUCUGCUGCCCAGGAUGCCACGUUUACCACGUCUGCCGUCGUUCAGCAGCUGGAAGAAGGACAGUGGAGAGGUGGGAGAACUCGGAGGACCCAUAGACCACGGAUUUGAUAACCCCAUGUUCGAGAAGCCGCACGCCUUGCCGGAAAUCUCUGGACUGUACGGAGCAGAGAGUCUGAACGGCAUUACCUUAACUCACUCAGGUGUUCACUUUGUCAAUCCUGUGUAUGAUGAAACUGAUUUCAGUGCAUGAAAUUAAAUGUACAAGCAAUGACAGAUAGUAAUUUGUUUACCUGAUUUGUUUUCUGAAUUUUGUUCUGCAUUUGUCAAGUUAAGAAGGUUUUAAGAGCCUAUUCUUUCCUGUUUAAGUACAUAUUAAGUAGACUUAUGCGAUUAAUGCAUGCUUAUGAAUCAAAAUUAGCCAAAGUUUUUUUGUGCUGACGAUUUUCCUGAGCUUUAAUCCUAGGCCAGUCACAGUGAUUUAAACUAUAAUGUCACAGAAUUAUUGUAUUAAUAUCAAUACCAAUAUCAUUGUCAUUUUAAGACCAUGGUAUGCCAGUAAUACAGCUCUGGAAAAAAAUUAAGAGACACUACAGAAACAGAGAGUUUCUGAAUCAGUUUCUCUGAUUUUGCUAUUUAUAGGUUUAUGUUUGAGUAAAAUGAACAUUGUUGUUUUAUUCUAUAAACUACAGACAACAUUUCUCCCAAAUUCCAAAUAAAAAUAUUCUCAUUUAGAGCAUUUAUUUACAGAAAAUGAGAAA